CGAGUGUCUGGUCUUCUCCCAGUCCACCCAGUCCCUCAGGAAACACGACCACCCAAACUCAGGGCUCGGAUCUUAUGGACCGAGCCAGAAUUCACAACUGGACAGCACAAUAUUGUUUGCGAAGUAACUUGCCACGUACAAAUUUCACGAAUAUCAGUGUUGAAUUUUUUUUUUUUAUUUUUUUUUUUCGUGUGGCUUUUCCCAGCGGUUUUCCCAAAGCCAACACUGGUGAGGGAAGUCGGACGGAGAACUGCAGUCUCUGUUAACUGGUCCGUCAGACUGGUACUUUUGAACCCUUGAUCCGCGGACUGGUGUGUAAUGGUUCGUUAGGCCUCGCAGUGGGCGAAUUUACAUCGAAAAUCAGCACUUACAGCAGCAGGGAGGGAUUUCUGAACCGGGUUUUAAGAUUACGAGAUCGGAACCGUCUGCGUUUUAUGUUCGUUAAAACUCGCGUCGGGGCUCCUGCGAGUUGCUGGCUAACUAACAUGAGGACAGUAGCUGGUCACCGCGAUGUGAAAACGGCCGAAUAGUCGACUACUGUGGACCCAAUUAACCCUAAUCGUCAGCCUGCUGACCCCAGCUGGGGCUUUUCGAGUCGACUAACUUUCAGAGAUUUUUUUUUCUCCACACCAGCAGAGAGCAAAGUUUCUCAAGAGUACCAUGUUAGCUAACGCCAGCUAGCCACAUCUCCAGCUCCAGGUUUAUACGUUAUUAGUUAGUUAUUAAUUAGCCUUUAGUUAUUCGUUAUUCGUAUAUAAUUUAUUGUUUGUUCUGCGGUUUUCUCUCUCGGGUCCAGUCAAAGGUAGUAACACACCGUGCGGUACCUUUGGCGACACCGGUUAGUGUUUGCUGGAUUUGACUUUGACGGUUAUUACCUCGGUAGGUUAGGUUGGCGAGCUACAGUUUUCAGACGCGAUUUUAUCUGUGUUGUAUGUGCGUUUGUCAUUCCUGGUUACGACCCUGGCCGCUAUACGACGAAUAAGAAGGUUUAGAGGCGUUGUGGCUUAAACCUCCGCCUUCUCCGACCUGGUAAACACGGCGCGGGGGGCUUGCGACUGUGAAGGCUGCCGGACCCCCUGCGCUCUUUAACAUGCCAUUUGGAUGUAAAUCGUUCACAGAGCUAGAAACGGAAGCCCAAUGAGCGACACACAGACCCCAGUCAGUGACAGAACCAAUAGCAUUCUCAGCAGAGACCAUCCAGCUGACAAGAGGCACAAAAGUGACACGCCCACCGUUCUCCCUGCACACGAGUUUGACUCCACAGGGCUGGUUCAGAGAUGCAUCAUCAUUCAGAGAGACGAGAACGGCUUCGGACUGACCGUGAGCGGAGACAACCCUGUGUUUGUGCAGCUUGUCAGAGAGGAUGGCGCUGCGAUGCGUGCAGGUGUUCAGACUGGGGACAGGAUCAUUAAGGUUAAUGGAACGCUAGUGACCCAGUCCAACCAUGUUGAAGUUGUGAAGUUAAUCAAAUCGGGCUCUUAUGUGGCCCUCACAGUGCUGGGGCGACCCCCCGGGUCGCCCCACAUUCCUCUUUCGGAGGUUAACAUGAACCUGGGCUUGCGAGAGGGUCAUGGUACGCCCUCGGCCACGUCGCCCCACGCCCCUUGGCCGAGAGUGGGCGACCGGGAGUACAAGCCUGCGAGGCGUGCCCCCUCCCCCGCCACAGCACGGGAGAACGGGGUCGAUCGCAGCCUAAAGCCGGAUGCCUCGCAGACGACGCAGGCCCAGGAGCGACAGGACAUGCAGAUGCAGGGGACGAAGGAGGACAACAGCCGCGUCCCUGCGCCCAAACUACUGAAGGACAACCGGGAAACCACCAAACGCGUCCCACUGCUGCAGCCUCAGCUCAGCAGAGCCGCACAGGAUGGCCUGCACACAGUGGCCUGUGAGGGCAGUGGCGUGGUGGACCUGGACCGGGCCGGCUCGGAUGGGCUCUGGGGCUCCGUCCGGCACGCUGGCCCGCCGGGGUCCACAGAGAGACAGGGUCCCCUGUACCAAAGAGACAGCGUGAAGAGGACAUCUCAAAACUGCCCCUCCCUCAAGGCCCUGGACACCUCCACCCCGGCCUCCCACCCGCACCCGGCCGCUGGGACCGCGUCGCCCCAGUCGGCCUCUCGCAUCAUAGGAGCCGAGGACGACUACUUCGACUCGGAGAAGGAGCAGGAGAACAGCCAGUGCGGCUGCUUCCAGAGCAUGGAGCUUCUCAAGUCACGGCCUGCCCACCUGGCCGCCUUCCUUCACCACGUGGUCUCCCAGUUUGACCCCGCCCCCGUGCUGUGCUACCUUUACACGGAGCUCUACAAGCAGACCAGCUCCAGAGAAAGCCGCCGCGUCUUCUCGGACGUCCUCUCCUUCUUCCUGGAGCGCGGGGCCGUGAGUCACGUCCAUCGUAUAGGGAGCAGAGGGAGGGGUAGCGCGCACACAGCGCCGGAAGGGAACUUGAAAGUAGCUGUGCCUGAAUCCAUCUCUUCUGAACUGGAGCGGCGGAGGCCGGAGCUGAUUCCUGAGGACUUGCACAGGCAGUAUAUCCAGACGAUCCAGGACACCCUUCUCCCUGACGUGCACAGGCUCCUGGAAGACUUUCGACAAAAACACAGCAUGGGCCUGACCGCGGCCGAGGACGAGCUCAGCCAGCUGGACGGCGGAUGGGCCGGUCCCCCCGGCCGCCUGGAGCAGGAGCGCUCUUGCGCAGAGAGCAUCCUCUCCAAGAUAGACGACGUCCUGUCAUCGUUACAGGCCGCGGACGAGGACAAGAGCGUGACGGCGCAGUAUGUGAUCUCCACCUACAUGAAGCAGCUGGGGGUGAGGUGCAGGGAGCCUCGCAGCCUGGAGACCAAACGCACGCGCAUCAACUUCCUCCCCAAGAUCAAGAAGGGCAGCAAGCUGGAGAAGGACGGAGAGGAGAAGGUGAAGAAGCCACGCUUCAACAUCCUGGGACCGCCGCGCCGGCCCAGCCGCCUCGACGCCGCGUCCGCGGGCCGCGUCUUGGACGGCAGCAAGCAGAGGCAGCAGAAGCAGAUCGGCCAGUCGGCGCUGGGCGGGUACGAGGCGGCGGACAGCGGGCGUCUGCGGAUCGCCCAGGGGAGCGAGGGCUCUGACCUCACCACUGCACCUGCCCUCAUCGGUCACAUCGCAGAUGCCAGCGUCCGGGACCCCGACUCCGGCGGUAGCCUGUCCUCCAGCGUCCAGCGGGCCCCCGAGGGCGUCCAGGCUGCGGAGGUGCUGGAUUACCCCCCCUGCGACUACCUGCCCUACAGCCUGGAGCAGAUGGACGAGGAGAGAGACGCAGACAGACUGGACGAGGCGCUGAGUGAGGAUGAUGGUGGUAGUGGGGCAGGGGCCAUUUUCUCUGACGUGGACCCACCCAGUUGGCAGCAGCUGGUGGGGCGUGAGGUUCUCGCUGGCCUGACUCCCCAUGAGAUCAAGAGACAGGAAGUCAUCAAUGAGCUGUUCUACACGGAGCGUGCGCACACACGCAUGCUGAAGGUCCUUGACACCGUCUUCUACCAGAAACUGACCCGGGACAACAUACUGCCCCCUACCGACAUCCGAAACAUCUUCACCAACCUGGAGGAGAUUGUGCAGCUCCACGUGACGAUAUCGGAGCAGAUGGCAGCCGUCCGCAGGAAGAAGGACUUGUCGGUCGUUGACCGAAUCGGGGACGACCUGCUGUCGUGGUUUGGUGGAGCGGAGGAAGAGAGGAUGAAGCGCGCGGUGGGAACCUUCUGCAGCAACCAGCCCUUCGCCCUGGAGCUCAUCAAGCAGCGUCAGAAGAAGGACCAACGUUUCACCUCCUUCAUGCAGGAGGCGGAGAGUAAUCGCCUGUGUCGCAGGCUGCAACUGAAGGACAUCAUCCCCGCAGAGAUGCAGAGACUCACCAAAUACCCACUGCUCCUGGAGAACGUGGCCAAGUACACAGAUGAAGCUGUGGAGAAAGACAAGGUGCGGAAAGCUGCAGACUGCUGCAGAAGGAUCCUCAACCACGUCAACCAGGCGGUGAAGGAGGCGGAGAAUAAGCAGAGGCUCGAAGACUACCAGAGACGUCUGGACUUGUCCUCUCUGAAGCAGAGUGAGAACCCACUCCUCUCCGAGUUAAAGAAUCUGGAUCUGACCAAGAGGAAGUUGGUCCAUGAAGGUUCACUGACAUGGAAGCUGAACAAGGACAAGACUGUUGAGGUGUACACUCUGCUCCUGGAGGAUGCCCUGGUCCUGCUACAGAAACAGGAUGACCGGCUCAUUCUGAAGUGCCACAGUAAGAACCGCGCGGGCACCGUCGACACACAACACCCCUUCAGCCCUGUCGUUAAGCUCAGCACCGUGCUGGUGCGCUCCGUGGCAACGGACAACAGGUCGUUUUUUGUUCUCUCCAUGUCGGAUAACGGGGCUCAGAUCUACGAGCUGAUGGCCCAGACUGUGUCUGAACAGAGAAUGUGGCAGACACACAUCAGUCAGCGGGCCGAAGUCAUGAAGGCCGAGCCCCGUGGCGUCAUCGCCCUGCCUCAGGCCUCCGGGGAGAGAGACGGCGUAGAGGUCGGCAAGCUCGUCAGAGGGUCGGAUGGCAUGUCCUCUGCCAGUGCACCCUCCUCAGGGAAAGGUUCCACCGGGCUGUGUCCCAUCGUCCGCCGUCGCUCCAGCCGCGCCCGCGCCCCCGGCCCCGCCCCCAGCCUCAAGGAGGAGGAGCGAGCUCGCAAGGCCAUCCAGGAUAACGGCUCCCCCUGCCUGGACUCAGAGCUGCUGGACGUCCGUGAUGUAGAUCUGACUUCAACAUGCAGAGCAGAAGAGGCACUGAAGACCCUGGCUGUGCUAAAGCAGGUGCUGGUGACCCAGUUGAUGUCUCAGGACAGCGGUGAGCGUCUGGGCCGUCCGUGUGGCGGGCGUCUCCUGAGGACCACGUCCCUGUGCACCCCCGCGCAGCACAGCUCCGAGCACCGUCCCCGUCACUCACAAGACACCAGCACUGGAGACACGGGCUUCUAUGAGGACCCCGAGGACAGCAUCUCUAGGGUUCACACAGGAUGGUGUGAAAAACAAAAAACCUCCAGUGAGGCGGUUCUUUGUGAGAGGGUUGGAGAGAACGGCCAGACUGGCAGAGCUAAAGCAGGUUACCUGUGCUGGAGGGUUGUGACGAGAGCAGUACUGAUGAUGACGUGUGUGUUGGUGGGGAGGGACCUGGGUCUGGCCCACAGCUGUGCCGCUGACUCGGGCAUCGGCCUCCAGCCGUCCUCGGGGACCUCAGCCAACAGGUCCUCGCACACCUGAGACAUCUUGCAGGGCAGCCUCAACCACCUCAAGGAUGUGGAGAGCCGUAUUACAGUAUGGUACAACAACGCACGCUGAGAACAGGACACGGCAGAGAUAAGAACUAGACGUGCGGAGGUCCCUCGGCACCACCUGAGCUGAGGGUCCUGACCCUCCCACUGAUCUCCACCUGCUCCGCCCUGCCUCUGGCCUGUCCUGCAAACCUUCGGCCUUCCGACAAACCCACGUGCUCAGAUUGGUGGGGGGGGAGACAUAUCUGAAGUGACGAUAAGGGCAGCUCUAGGUCAGAGCUUGCUACCCUCUGUCCCUGUGAGACUCCCAGGGCCGAUGACGAGUCCAGCGGCAGGGCCUCGCUAUAGCGAGCCUGGCAGACCGAAGCCUUCCCCUACCCUGGAGCCCUAGCUAGACGAGAGAGCAACACCAAGAUAUACAACGGUGUGUGCAUGUGUGUGUGCGCGCGCAUAUGUGCAAAAGACUUGAAUGCAGAAUUUUAAUUUUUAAAUUUUUUUUUUUUAAGUAUUGAUGUAACAAAUUUUGCGCCCUGGAUGUAUUUAUUUUAUUAUGCUUGCAUGCUUUAUUUUCCGGUCGAGCUCAUUGGCUGUGCACAGAACGAGAACACGUGACCUGUCCUUCAAACCAGCACCACCGCGCAGAGCCUGGCUGGACCCGUCCUGGGUCUGCUCUUCACCCUGGCCCGGCCCAGCCUCCCCACGAGCAGAGCAUGAGCUCCAGCUGAGCUGAAGAGAGUACUGCAGGAUAACCAUGAUGGUGGUUGGAUGCAAAAUGUGGAAAUAAAGACAGUUUUCCACUAAAAA